AUGUCAAGAUCCAAAACAGGGACUCCUGUCAGCGAGCAUCAUCCAGCUAAUAAGCUCACAUACAUUGAAGAAGAUAUCAAAUUGCAACUUCAAAAAACUCCUUUUCAACUAAUUAUCGAGGCGGAAAACUACCAACAACAGUUGAAUGAUUUGAGAAACGAUUGGAAGUAUGCGGUUGUUUUACAAUGGUUGUAUCUAUUUCGUGGUGCAAUCAGAUUGAGUGGUGAACCAUUCUCUGUUGAUAUCUUGGAGGAAGAAUUGGUUGGUCUCACUGAGCCUGCUUUAUUGAACAAAAUCACGACAAACUUGGUUUCCGUCUUGCUUGGUGCUAAAGUAACCGUGGAAGAUUUCAGUUUCAAAGCAAGAUACGUCCUUGGUGAUACUACAACUGUUUUAGGAACUGAAGAUGAUCCAGUGGAUUUUGAUUCAUUGUCACUAGUUGAUAAAUUUGAUGUGUUGUACCAAUUAGUUUUUCAAUUACAAUAUACCGACAAUUUUAGAAAGCAAGUUGAGAAAUAUGAAAAGGAAAAUGAAUUAAGAAUGGAACCAAUCUUUGAUGAUGGUGAAGGAAGUUACUUCUUGUUGAGUGACAAUAGAAUUUAUUCGAGAAAAAUUAACAAAUUUCCAAAGUUAGCCAUACCGAGAAAGUUCAAGUAUGCUAAAAAAAUUGAUCCAGAAGUUGAAUUUGCUGAUAUUGAACCAAAUUUUGAGUGGGAAUGUGUUGCAAAUGGUAUUUAUCAAAUUCACGACUUCUUGGUUUCAAUUGCAAAAGAUAAAAAAAUGAAACCAUUGUUCAAUAACAUCAAGCAACAUAUCAAUAUAAUUGCAGAAGAUGAUCUAAAUAGAAGAAAGAAGGUUAUCAAAAGAAAAAGAGAACAACAAUUGCAUGAAAUGGUUAACAACAGAAAACGUUCUUCAAGAUUACAAGAGAGAGAGGAGCAAAUGCGUAUUGAAAAGGAAAAGCAAGAAGCCGAGGAAGAGCUCAGAAGACAAGAACAGGCUCGUAUCAAAGCGGCAAGAAAGUUAAAAUCUAAAGAAAACCUAAUUAAAAGAGAAUUUGAAGAAAGAUUACGCCACUCAAGUUCCAGUAGAAGAACAACAGUCUUUGAUUCUGGCUACACACCAGGUGUUCCACCUAAAGAGUUAGAGUUGGGUGAUGAUAAUUGGUUAUUCGAAUGUUAUUGUGGUGUUAGAGAGUUGAACUAUGACGAUGGUGGUAAAUUGAUUUCAUGUGAAAGAUGCUUAAGAUGGCAACACUUGAAAUGUCAAGAUCGUGUUGUUCAACAGGAAUUAAUCAGAAACUCAAAUGAAGUUUUCAUUUGUAAUUGGUGUAAACAAGAUUUAGAAUUAGAAGUGGAGAAGAAAUUGGAAGACGAAAAAAUACAAAGAGAGAAGGAGCUAGAGGAAAAACAAAGACAAAGAGAGUUAUCGAAGCAAAGAGAAUUAGAAGAAAAGGCUAGAUUAGAGGAAGAGGAAAGAAUAAGAAAAGAAGAAUUAGAGAAAGAAAGGGAGAGAAGAACUUUGGAAAGGGAAAGAAUGAGGGAGACCAGUAUUAACCUCACACCUGGUCCUAUUGAAUCUCCUCAACCGAUUCAGCCAGUUCAGUCUGCACAACCUGCACAACAACCAGUGGACCACCAAUACCCACAACAACUACCAUCUAUGGGCUCGUUCCAUGUCUACAACCAACAGACUCCAGUUUUCAAUAACUCAUUUCAAUCGAAUGGGCACCCUACAAAUGGGGGAAUACAACAACCAAACUUACAGCCUCAACCAAAUCAAUUUAGUGCCCCACUACAAGGACAACAAACUGCUUUCGAGCAACAAUCACCUGCCCCAAUUCCUCAGCUACAAGCAAGACCAUCAAUUCCAAUUCCUCAACCUGUUUCACCAGCUAAGCAAUCACCUAUCGGUCAAAACAAUCUUGAAACGAUUUUUGAAACGUAA